UGGACUAUAAGUAGCGCUGGUCUGUUCCAGCAGAGUGCCUUUUAUAGUUUGGAAGCUGAUUUGGAUCUUGCUUCUCCCAGGAACUCAGAGCAGUUGAGAUGCCCAUGAUUACAAUUCUCACGUCCUAGCCAGCCCCACUCAGUAAUGCCAUGAACCGUGGCCCGCAACUGAUCGCUUUCACUCGUGCCCAGGAAGAAUCAGAUCGCUGGAGAGAUGGGCAUGUUCAGAAAAAAAGCCGUCGAGUCCCCCCUGUUGCCGGCCAGGCGGAAGAAAAUGCAGAGGGAGAAACAGCCCGCAAUUUCUACGAGAGCCUGUUACUUUCAAGCGAUCCUGGCAAAGCUUCGCCGAGGAAGCACAAAGUGCGUUCUGCACGCCCACCAGCACAGGAAGCUUCUCACAGCCAGACAGACCCUGCACAGACAGAUACCCGCAAGGGAAACCAGCUCUUGAAAGCUGCCCAAGAGGGGAACCUGAAAGCCCUGCAGGCAUUGGUGGAGAAGGACAGGUGUGAUGUGAACUAUAGAGAUGAUUAUUAUUGGACAGCCACAAUGUGUGCAGCUUAUGCUGGGCAGACGGAGGCUGUAAGGUAUCUUCUGAACCACGGCGCUGCCUGGGUGGGUGUUUGUGAGACGCAAGGCCGGGAUGCUGUGGAUUUGGCAGAAGAAGCUGGGCACCAGGCUGUGGUGGAAGUCCUCCGGGAAAGCGAAAGGCCUUGUGUGAAGCAGGAACCCACUAGUUCACAGACACCGCCUGAGAGAAAAUACUGCGCCGUGUGCCAGGCUCACUACACCGAGGAUACGGUGGCCCUCCACGAGCGCUCCACCGCCCACCUUUUCAAUCGGCGCGAUCCCCUACCCCCGACGCGAUACCACAUCCCUGAAAACAACGUGGGCUUCCAGCUGAUGGUCAAAGGGGGCUGGGACCAGGAAGCUGGCUUGGGACCGGAGGGGGCUGGCCGCAAGUUCCCAAUCCAGACUGUUCUCAAGCGGGAUCAGAAGGGCCUGGGUUUCCACAGCAACCUCAAGCCCAAGGUGACCCACUUUGAUCCCCACGACCAACGCGCUGUGGAGCAGCCCAAAGGACAGUGGCUCAGAACAGAAAGAGCCGCCACUGUGGGGAAACGCGAGGCCCGGCGUCGGGAGGCCAAAGCUAAGGCUUGGGAGCGCAACCUCCGCACUUACAUGAACCUUGACAUUUGAACUCUCACUGGGCAGUGGAGCAUCGUGCGCUGUGUGGAACCACUUACACCUUCCUUUGCCUCAGAGAAACUGAAUUGGUACAGAGAGAUCUGGAAGAGAAGGAAGCCGGGAACUGCUUCCCUUUGGCAGCCUGGGUGGGCCGCUAGAAUGAUAAUCUCCUUGCAUGUCAUUGAAGUAGGGUGGACUUCUAUGUACAGCUUUAAAAGUAGAUCAAUAAAUAAUGUGUCAAAGUUA